AUGCACUUAAAAGUCCUCCCAGCAACCGCGAAAGAUCUAGACCAGGUCUCCACCGUCUACGGCCCAGAGACAGGCGAUCUCGUAGCUCCAGCCCUCGCUAUAUGCUGGCACAUCGAGCCUCAGGAUCUGGAAGCAGCCAAGCGCCGCGCUCAAUGGUCUUACAAGCAACAACUCGCCUUUUUGCAGCCACGUGUGGAUCCAACUGUGCGGCUGAUGAAAGUCAUCGACACUGAUGCUCCAGCGGGGAAAGAUAUCGUGGCUCUAGGCCGAUGGCAUGAAUACCCGCAUGGCUACGGAGCUCAUGGCGAUGCUGAGACGACUACGAAGCUCUGGGAGGGUGAUAUGACGGGUCUUGAGGUCAAGGAGUUCAAUACAGCGUUGUACACGAACCUCCUCGGGGAGCUUUUCGAUAAAAGACGUGAACCAGAACGCUUUGGCACGGGAUCACAAUGGGUCCUCACGACGCUAGCAACCCGGGAGCCAUACCGUCGUAAAGGCGCUGGUGGCAUGAUUCUGGGAUGGGGGCUUGAGCAAGCUCGAAAGGCGGGUGUACCUGCUUUCUUGGAGGCAGCGGUUGGCGCGAAGCACUUGUAUGAGAGCCAUGGGUUCAAGGAGAUUCAGAAGGCGAGUAUCGAUUGUAGUGACUCGGGCAUGCCAGGGGUUGUCGUCGAGUUGGCCAUCAUGAGAGCGGAUCCCGGGACAUGA